AUGUUGACCUCCCGAUGGUCGUUCCAGACUCGGCGGAAACGGUCGGUGCUGAGGCUGGAAGGUGGGGCUCGCGGCAAUGUCUUCGAGGCUUUGGACAUGCAUAGGCCGGAGGAAAUUGAAGAGCAUGAAAACCAAGCGCUCGAGCAUCGGACAAGACAAUCGCGGGAUGGACGAGGGGGUGGGAAGGAGGGAGUAACGGAUCAACGGACGCGUCGGCUUGGGGCCGCCCAGCCAAUCGGAGGCGAGAGGGCCAGGACGCUAGGGCGCGAUGGGGACGACUUUGUGCUCGCUGCCCGUGUCGUGCAACAAUACAUGAUGGGCACCGGGCGGGCGGACGCGUGUGAAUUUUGGGGUGGGCAGGGUCUGCUCGACCUUGCAGAUUUUUCGCGCAGAUUCGCGUCUCUUUUUGGGCUUUCGCAUCGGACCAGGGUCUGUCUUUUAUAUCAACCCACCUCCUCAAACUCUGCCCCAACUCUCCCUUCCUCCUCCUCCACCAUGUCCUCCAAAGCCAUCCGCGAGUACGACGCCAAGCUCCUCCUCGCUUACUGGCUCGAACGCGCGCCUCCCGUCGCCCCCCACGCCCAGGUCAAGACAAAAUUCCAGUACCCCGCCGUUAAGGUCGCACAGAUCUCAUGGGACCCAGAGACCAAUUCUAUCACGCCCGACACUAAGCUCCCUGGCUGGGUCUUCAACACCAAGCUCGUCGCAAAGCCCGACCAACUUAUCAAGCGCCGCGGCAAGGCCGGCCUCCUCGCCUUGAAUAAGACCUGGGACGAGGCGAAGCCAUGGAUCGCCCAGCGGGCGGGCAAACCACAAAAGGUCGAGUCGAUCACCGGCACACUGAACAACUUCAUUGUUGAGCCCUUCCUACCCCACCCAUCCAACACCGAGUACUACGUCUGCAUUACCUCGGCCCGUGAGGGUGAUUCCAUCCUCUUCACCCACGAAGGUGGCGUGGACAUUGGCGAUGUCGACGCAAAGGCUCUCGUUCUUAACCUCCCCGUCACCCAACCCUUCCCAACUCGCGAGGCCAUCGCCGACACCCUUCUCAAGCACGUUCCAGCAGAGAAGAAGGACACCCUCGUUGACUUCCUCAUCCGCCUUUACAGCGUCUACGUCGAUCUCCACUUCGCUUACCUCGAGAUUAAUCCUCUCGUGGUUCUUGAUGGAGUCAACGGUGGCGAGCCCCAGGUUUGCUACCUUGAUAUGGCUGCGAAACUCGAUCAGACCGCAGAGAGCAUUUGCGGACCCAAGUGGGCAAUCGCUCGUGAUCUGUCGGUCUACGAGUCUAACGAGGAUGCGGCAACCAAGGCGGCUGCUUCCAAGGGUGGAAAGGUAUCUGCCGAUCGUGGGCCUCCCAUGGUCUGGCCUGCGCCAUUCGGUCGCGAUUUGACGAAGGAGGAGGCUUACAUCCAGAAACUCGAUGCUUCCACCGGUGCCUCCCUCAAACUCACCGUUUUGAACCCCGAGGGUCGCAUCUGGACCAUGGUUGCAGGAGGUGGUGCUAGUGUCGUUUACUCCGACGCCAUUGCUGCCCACGGAUAUGCUGACGAGCUCGCCAACUACGGUGAAUACUCGGGUGCUCCUACCGAGGGUCAGACCUACGAGUACGCAAAGACUAUCAUCGAUCUCAUCACCCGUGGCACACCCAACCCCAAGGGCAAGGUUCUCAUUAUCGGUGGAGGUAUCGCCAAUUUCACAAACGUCGCGGCUACCUUCAAGGGUAUCAUCCGUGCCCUCAAGGAGUUCAAGAACCAGUUGAUCGCUCAUCAAGUCAAGAUCUUCGUUCGUCGUGGUGGCCCCAACUAUCAGGAAGGCCUUAAGGCCAUGCGUCUGCUCGGAGAGAGCUUGGGCGUCCCCAUCCGUGUCUUCGGUCCCGAUACUCACAUCACCGAGAUUGUUCCUCUCGCUCUAGGCAUCGACAUCAGCAAGACGAGGAAGAGCAAUGCGGGUGUUGACGGCCUCAAGUCUGUGCAACCCGAGACGCCUCCUGCGCAGGUCGCGCCCGUCGCUGAGACCAGCGAUGCUGUCGGCUCGAUCCACCCCGAUGGCGAGCGCACCCAGCCCUCGGACAACCUUGUCCACUUCGACACCAAGGCCGGCACGACCUCGCGCCCGCCCUACCGUCCCUUCGAUGCCAACACCCGCUCAUUUGUGUACGGUCUCCAACCCCGUGCCAUCCAGGGCAUGCUCGACUUUGAUUAUUCCUGCGGUCGUCAGGCUCCCUCCGUGGCCGCCAUGAUCUACCCCUUCGGCGGGCACCACAUCCAGAAGUUCUACUGGGGCACGAAGGAGACGCUCCUGCCUGUGUACACGACGUUCAAGGAGGCGAUCGCCAAGCACCCUGAUGUCGAUGUCGUGGUGAACUUUGCCAGUUCGCGUAGUGUGUACUCGAGCACCCUUGAGUGUCUGGAGUUCCCCCAGCUUAAGGCGAUUGCGCUGAUUGCUGAGGGUGUUCCGGAGAGGCAUGCCCGUGAGAUCCUGUGGAAGGCUAAGGAGAAGGGUGUCCUGAUUAUUGGUCCUGCUACCGUUGGUGGCAUCAAGCCUGGAUGCUUCAGGAUUGGAAACUCUGGAGGAAUGAUGGACAACAUUAUUGCCUCGAAGCUUUACCGCGCUGGUUCAGUUGGCUAUGUCUCCAAGUCUGGAGGCAUGUCCAACGAGCUGAAUAACAUCCUCUCGCUCGUCACCAACGGCACCUACGAGGGUAUCGCUAUCGGAGGUGAUCGCUACCCUGGCUCGACCUUCAUUGACCACCUCCUGCGUUACGAGCAGGACCCCGAGUGCAAGAUGCUCGUCCUGCUCGGCGAGGUUGGUGGUAUCGAGGAGUACCGCGUCAUCGAUGCCGUCAAGAAAGGCAUCAUCCGCAAGCCCAUCGUCGCCUGGGCCAUCGGUACCUGCGCGAAGAUGUUCGCGACGGAGGUGCAGUUCGGGCAUGCAGGCAGUAUGGCGAACAGCGAUAUGGAGACGGCUGACGCGAAGAACCGCGCGAUGCGUGAGGCGGGCUUCAUCGUCCCCGAUACGUUCGAGGAGCUGCCGCAUGUGCUCAAGGAGACGUAUGAGCGCCUCGUCAAGGUUGGCACGAUCAAGCCCAAGAAGGAGGUGGACCCCCCGGUUAUUCCUAUGGACUACAAGUGGGCACAGGAGUUGGGUCUCAUUAGGAAGCCGGCAGCGUUCAUCUCGACGAUCUCGGAUGAGCGGGGUCAGGAACUUCUGUAUGCGGGUAUGAGGAUCUCGGAGGUGUUCAAGGAGGAUAUUGGUAUUGGAGGUGUAGUGUCGCUGCUUUGGUUCAAGAGACGUCUGCCACCAUGGGCAACCAAGUUCAUCGAGAUGGUGCUCAUGCUCACCGCCGACCACGGUCCGGCUGUCUCUGGUGCCAUGAACACCAUUGUCGCGUCGCGUGCGGGCAAGGACCUCAUCUCCUCGCUCGCCUCGGGUCUCCUGACCAUCGGAAGCCGAUUCGGUGGUGCCCUUGACGAGGCCGCCUCAAUGUUCUCAAACGCCCGCGAUACGGGUCUGACACCCAGAGAGUUUGUGGACAACUCGAGGAAGGCGAACAAGCUUAUCUCGGGUAUUGGCCACAAGAUCAAGAGUGUGAACAACCCUGAUCUGCGUGUCGAGCUCGUGAAGGAGUAUGUGCACAAGCACUUCCCGAGCCAUAGCUUGCUCGACUACGCCCUUGCUGUUGAGAAGGUGACAACUGCGAAGAAGGAUACUCUCAUCCUCAACGUCGACGGCUGUAUCGCCGUCUGCUUCGUCGACCUCCUGCGCGACUCUGGCGCCUUCACACCUGAGGAGGCGGACGAGUACAUCAAGAUCGGCACGCUCAACGGCCUGUUCGUCCUCGGUCGCAGCAUUGGCUUCAUCGGACACCACCUCGACCAGAAGAGACUGCGCGCACCGCUGUACCGCCACCCUGCCGACGACAUCUUUAUCAACAUGGCGGAUGUGUCGCAGCCGCGUGUCUUGGGCAGGAUGCAGUAG